UGGAAAGCCACAAACAUUCCAAGACUGGACUUGUGCUGAAUCAUGUCAAAUUCUUCGAACUCCACUGUCCUAGGGAAGGAUGUUGGGGGGAGGUGACAGGAGGCGGGCACGAUCCCCAAAGAAGUUAAAUAGGUCACCUCCACACGUAGCUCUCAUCCUUGCCUCCCCUGAGCAGAGGGACCCACACACAGAGACUCUCUCUUGGGCUCUGGCACCAUGACCCCCUUGAAGGUGCUGCUUCUGGUCACCCUUGUCCUGGGGGCAUCUCUGCAGGACACCCACGCAGCUCGAGCCACCAACGUGGGCCGGGAGUGCUGCCUGGAGUACUUCAGAGGGGCCAUUCCUUUCAGGAAGCUGGCGACCUGGCACAGGACCUCAGCGGAGUGUCCCAAGGAAGCCAUCGUGUUUGUAACUGUCCACGGCAAGUCCAUCUGCUCAGACCCCAAGGACAUGAGGGUGAAGAAGGCAGUCAGGUACCUGAGAGACCCCACACGUCCCAAGGCUCUGUCGCCCUGAAGUGCUGAUUUCUCCUGGACCAUUUGGAGAGUUCCAACCUCAGUGUUCACAACCCCAGACCCAAGCUGCCUGGGUCCAGUGGAGGUCGCCUUGACAUCUGCUGUCCCCUGGGACGUGCGAGUGAGAGUUCGGGAACGCAGGCGCUCGCCCGCCUGCUGGAUCUCCUGUAGGUUCCGUUCCACAUGGGGAAGCUCUGAGAUGCCUUCAGUCUCAGCGGCAAGCUAUUCA